AUGUCCCAAGAAACAUCCGCCCCAUCAAAUCCACAACCCUCCUCCUUCGACCUCUCCCUCGGCCUAGAAGACAUCCACGUCCUCAUCACCGGCGGCUGCGGUCUCAUCGGCCGCGUUGUAGCCGACGCCUUCCUCGCAGCAGGCUCCAUCGUCUCCGUCGUUGACCUCCCCGAAGCAACCUCGCGCAUCCCCGUCAACAAGCUAGGAAAUCUCCGCCUCUACCCAGCAGACAUCAGCCAAGCCGAAAGCAUCGACGCAGCAUUCACCGAAACCGAAAAGGACUCCGGACCCGUGGAAGUCUGCAUCGCUCUAGCAUCCAUCGAUCUAUCUUCCCUGCCCCAAACGGAGAGUAUCUGCGACGCGGACCCGGCGGUUUGGCAGAAUGUGUUCAACGUGAAUAUCAACGGCACUUUUCUUACAGCUCAGCGUUGGCUGCGUGGAAUCCGAUCCGCUCUGCAGAACCCUGUCAAAGCGGCGAAGCUGCGAAAUGUCAACCUCAUCCUUAUGGGCUCGCAGUCUGGCACGUUCGGUGUGAGGACCAUGGCGGCUUACGCAGCUGGUAAAGCUGCCGUGCAAUAUGGCUUGCUGCGGAGUCUUGCGAAGGAUGUCCCGAAGAUCUAUCGCAAAGCGAGAGUCAAUGCCGUGGCUCCCGGCGCUGUUGACACGAGUCGGUUCAAGGAGGAAUGCGAGAGGUAUGGCAAGGAGUGGAGGUGGGAGGAGUGUGAAGCUACGGUGGGGAUGGCGAAACCGCCGGCUGUGAAGGAUGUUGCGAGGACGUUUGUGUUUCUGGCGAGUGAGAGGUUUAGUGGGAGUACGCAUGGGCAGGUGCUCAGCGUUGAUGGUGGGAAGAUUGGAUCGGUUGUUUGGAAGCCGGGGGAGGCGGAUGAGUGA